AGCUGCGACGCAGUGUAAUUCACGCCGCGUGAUGAACAAGUUGUUGUUGAGCGUUCUUCUGCAGGUUUGCGUCGUUUUGGCCGCUGACCUAUGUUCACCAGCGCCCAGCGAUCUGCAGGUGAAACCCUUUGGAGUCGGCCAGAAGGUGCUGGUGGUGGCACUGCUAGACGCCAGCUGAGGAAUGUGCCAGAGGCAGGCUGUCAAGUUGCAAAACCUUCAGCUUCGCCUCGAAGACAGUGCCGCCGUCGAGCAGAAACCAGUUUUCAUAGUCAUUAACGAAGACCAUCCGUGGUCGAAGAACCAGUUUGAUCAUCUGAGGAACCUAGCAGGACGCAAGGUUAUCACCAUCCAGGGUAAUGGACGAGACUGGGCGUCGGUCAAGGGUCGCAAGGACGACAUUCUCAUCAUUGACAAGUGCGGCCGUGUGACCUUCCACUUGAGCCUGCCCUGGAGCCAACUGCACCUAGCCUACGUGAAGGCGGCCAUCCUAGCCACUUCGAAAGAUCAACCUUGCGGCAGCUGCUCUCAAGGUUCAGAACUUGGGAUAAAAGCUGCUCCCGCGGACACAGUCAGCGUUGACGAUGUGCUGCCUAUUUUACAAACCCUGACCAAUGUUACUGAGACAAACAGCAAUGAAAUCGACACAGACGAAAGAGAGCAGAGAAAACAGCGCCAGCUUAACUGGAUGCGCCCUUAUCUCGGAUUCAGCCUUUAAGUCGAUCUAUAAUUAUGCUCUUACUCGACAGUUGCAAUAAGCGAACAUCUGUAUGACGAACUCGGCCAAACCCUAGUCGGAAGCUGAAUUUCUGAUGUUAAAAUGUUCGCUCCCUGCAACGGUCAAAAUAAACAUGGUUUAAUCGACUAGUUAAA